CUGGGUUAUUUACAGGUCCAAGAGGGUUUCUGAAGUCCGGAAUGGAAACCAAGCUCACAGAGGAGCAACUUCUAGGAAAGAGGACAAGGUGACGUUAGCGAGGUAGGACAGGUGAAGUUCAAGCAAACACGAAGCCUAAACUGCAUGACUGCACCAAGCCUGUCGUCCAGGCAUCUACCUGGAAAUCCACAUUCCAGCCAUAAUCCAUUUUCUUUCGUUUUAAAACUAAUUAAAUUAUUUUAAUUAGUUAUAAAUUAAUUUAAUGCUAUUGUUACACUAAUUCUAUCUACAUUUGUGAUGUUAUUAGUCAUACAGUUUCAUGUGUUUUCUUUUUUUUUUCGCAACCGUGUAGCAGGUUGCAUAUUACUAAACCUACACUUUCUCAUGCGUUAGAGUAAGAGCAUGCCUGUGUUGCCUGUCUGGUGAGCCACAGGCAAACAGGCAAAAGCUGUGUAUUAUUGGCAUAAAGUUAGGUCUGUUAUAUGCAACUUUAUCAUCUCUGAAAUGGGGUGGUGAUGGGUUUGUGGUGAUCACGAUUCGUAGAAAAAGAUUUAUAAUCUAUGAACGGAGCUACUGAUUCCACUUUUUGCUGAAAACAAGUAAGCAGCUGAUAGCCGAAUGAAUAUCAGCAGUUUUGAAGUCCUGAAUUUUUAAAUCGGACAUGUAAUUGAGUCAAACACAUCAAAAUGGUUGUCUUUUAUGCUUAUAUUCCAUAUGAGCCAUUUAAUGACAUUACAUCCUGCUGGACAAAACUCAUCUCACAAUCAUGUAAUAGCUAGCUGCCUAGUAGGUAAGUCAAAUACCAAUAUUACUAUAAUUUUUAACAGUAUUACUAUAACUAAUGUUGUUACAAAAAUAUUAGUAUUAGCAUACCUUUUUGUCAUCUUUUUGUACAUAAAACCUGAAACGCAUUGAACACGUAUUUAAAAACGGGUAUUGCUAAAUGAAUAUGUGUUAAAGUAUAUCAUCGUUAGGAGAGUAUUUAUAUGUGAAUAAACAAUUGUUCGUAUUUGAUUAUUACAAAUGAAACCUGUGUGAAUUUCAUGACGCAGAUCAACUUCAUAUGGAAUUUGAAUUGGGUGUAAUCAGUCAAUAUGCUUUGUAUCAAAGCUUCAGGCUGCUGUAGUGUAAUGUUGUUGGGGAUGUUUUCUUGGCACGCUUUGGGCCCCUAACUGAUUAUCAUUUAAAACCACAACCUACCUGUUUACUUUUGCUGACCAUGUCCAUCCCUUUAUGACCGAAGUGUACCCAUCUUCUCAUGGUUGCUUCGAGCAGGAUAAUGCACCAUGUCACCAAAACUAAUAAUAAUAAUAAUCUCAAACUGACCUCCACAGUCACAUGAUUUCAAGCCCGUAGUGCACCUUUGGGUUAUGCAACCGACACAUCGUUAGGCAAUGAUGCUACUAUAUCAGGAAAGUUUCCAAUACCUUACUGAAUUUAUGUCAUAAAGAAGCUCUGAAAUUAAUAAGUGGCCAACUCUGUACUAGCAAAGUGUACCUAAUGAAGUGGCUUUAGGGACAUUGUUUUACAAUGACCACGAUGCGGUGCUUGUCUGUUAACUCGGACCUUAUUAUCUUGAAUGAAGAAACAAACUAAUGCUUACUGUUCACGAAUACAUACAAGGUAGUAAAUAACUGAUGUUUCAUUUUUCUGGAAAGACGCGAUGCAUUGUUGCCACCCACAGUCCAACACUGACCUCUCCUGGUGCUCUCUUGUAGCACGCCACACAAUGACAUCACUGCGUCCUCGGUUGCUAGGUAAUUCUUCCGGAAGGACCAAGCCCGUAACGACGUCCUUUAGUGGUUUUGAGACCUUUUCUUCUUUAAACGUGUCGCUAAUUUUUUUUUAACGUAGUUACUAAUCUGUGUACAUGAAAUUACAUUUACAUAACAAAGACUUUUAUUGUGAAGAGGAGUUUGACUGUGCUGGGCGUUUUCGUCUCUGUCCAGCUUCACGUCGCCGGGAUCAUUAAAAAGCAGCUUGUUGGCGAUAAAAAACAGCUAGCAUGGAGGUAGCUUUCAGUCGCCAUCGCUGAUGGUGUGUUUCGCUGUGAGUUUAGCUCAGGGACAGUUUGUGGGUAUUGCAUCACUGACCGGAUGAUGUCCGCCCAGCCUCUGCGGCAGCAUCAGCAGCCCGGGGAGGAUUCAGCAGCUUGCUAACAGAGCCAGCCCGGCUAGCUGAUGCUGAUGACUGGCUGUUUCCUGGCAUUGACUUUCAGUGGGAGGCACCAUGUCCGGUAAGGUUAAGUGGGUGACAGAUAUUGAGAAAUCAGUGCUUAUCAACAACUUUGAGAAAAGGGAAUGGAUUCAAGUUACAGAAAACGACGACUGGAAUUUCUACUGGAUGAGCAUCCAGACCAUCAGGAAUGUGUUCAGCGUGGACACUGGUUACCGCCUGUCAGAUGACCAGAUGGUUAACCACUUCCCCAAUCAUUAUGAGCUGACUAGGAAGGACCUGAUGAUCAAGAACAUCAAACGCUAUCGCAAGGAGCUGGAGAAAGAAAGCAGUCCGUUAGCGGAGAAAGACGAGAAUGGAAAAUACAUUUAUCUGGAUUUCGUCCCGGUGACGUUCAUGCUUCCUGCUGAUUAUAACCUCUUUGUGGAGGAGUUUCGUAAGAAUCCAUCCAGCACCUGGAUAAUGAAGCCCUGCGGGAAGGCCCAGGGGAAAGGCAUCUUCCUCAUUAACAAGCUGUCCCAGAUUAAAAAGUGGUCGAGAGAUAGCCGCACCUCAACGUUUGUAGCAGCAUCUAGUGGCAAGGAAGCUUAUGUCAUCUCUCUGUACAUUGACAACCCUCUGCUGAUAGGGGGGAAGAAGUUUGACCUGCGUCUUUAUGUCCUGGUGACCACAUAUCGACCCCUGAAAUGCUACAUGUACAAGCUGGGCUUCUGCCGGUUCUGCACAGUGAAGUACACACCCAGCACCAGCGAACUGGACAACAUGUUUGUGCACCUCACUAACGUGGCCAUCCAAAAACAUGGGGAUGACUACAACCAUGUCCAUGGAGGGAAGUGGACUGUCAGUAACCUCCGUUUGUACUUAGAGAGCACCAGAGGAAAGGAGGUGACAAACAGGUUGUUUGACCAGAUCCACUGGAUCGUGGUGCAGUCACUGAAGGCUGUAGCUCCUGUGAUGAACAAUGACAAGCACUGUUUCGAGUGUUACGGGUAUGACAUCAUUAUUGAUGACAAGUUGAAGCCAUGGCUUAUUGAGGUCAACGCCUCUCCCUCGUUGACAUCCAGCACAGCCAAUGACCGCAUCCUUAAGUACAACCUCAUCAAUGACACCCUCAACAUCGUAACACCCAAUGGGGAUAUUCCGGACUGCCGCUGGAAUCGGAGUCCGCCUAGAGAGGCCCUGGGCAACUAUCAAGUCCUGUAUGACGAAGAGCAGGCGCAGAGCGAGAAUGCUGAGCGUGACCUGCGGAGCCGUUCCGGUCAGUCACUUGGGUCAAAGGGCACUAAGGGGAGUGCAGGCGUUCGCCCCACUGCCGCCACCUGGAAGUGAAGCGAUAAUUUUUCUCUAAAAUUGACUUCCUGUACAACACUCCAGGGACCUUCUGUGGUGAACCACUUGGACUUCUUUUUUUAGCACAUUGGACAGAUGCUCCCUCCGUCCAGAUUUCACUGACUGUGGCACAGGGAGCAAUGGCACUGCUGCUCAGUGGAGGAAAAUCAGCUAUAUGCUCACAUUGAGAAGGUUGAAAAGCUUGUGUUUGUCACUGUUUAUAUGAAUGUAAAACAAAAUAAGUGGAACUGACAGUGCUCUGACAGGUUUAAGGUCAAAUCAAGUAGGUCAAAUAUCACAUACAGCAGCGGUUUCCACACUUAAGACAAGUGCUGAUGAAAUCUUCGGAGAUGGACAUGAAGGAUUACUAUGCAUGACAUUGGAUUGCUGACACUUUAACUUGACCUUCCACACCGGUGCUAAUGAGAACAUACACUGUAUGGUAAUGAAGUGGUAUAAAGUUAUCAAAUAGAAGUGAUUUAAAGAUUUAAUUUAUUAAAAGGCAGUCGAUAGGCAGAAUUAGCAGUACUAAAUGUUAACAGACUUUAUUCAUUUUUUGUACGUUCAUUAUCAGUAUGUUUUGCGGGGUUUUGAUGAUUGUAUUCCUCUUGCACUUUAUUUCUUUACAUGUGCUUUAAAAAGUAUGUCUCAUUUCGAGUCUGACCCGUUGUCACAUCUGCUGAAAAUUUAAAUGCUAAUUAUAUGUGUUGGGAUGUUUUCUUAUUGCCUGCUCAUUUCCUUCAACUACUAAAAAACUGAAACACUGAUAACUGGAUUUGGGGCUAAAUGAUAUUGGCGACAAGCUGAGAAAUAAAUCUUGGUCUUUUAAAAUAAAGUUACAAAACUCCCUCUUACCUUACUGAUUCUGUUUUGGGCUGCUGCUAACAUUUUUUCUGUAAUUUUUUACUUUUUCCAUGAAUUCACUAAUGACUUUGCCUGUGAAAUGAUAUAAGAUGUAUUAAAAUGAAUUACAGAAGGUGUAACUUGAAAAGGUUUUCAAAAGUUCUGCAUUUAUUACUACUUCCACUUCUAAUUCAAGUCAACAAUCAGGAGUAUUAUCCAUGAUCAUUUUCUCCAAAAAGCAACGAAAAGACAGUGAAAGGGUUUAGAUAAUAGUGUCUGCCAUCAAAUUGUGAUUAAACAAGGUUGAAACAGUAUGAUUCAGCUCUGUCCUGACACAGUGUCCUUUGUGCUGUUUUCUGUGUAAUUAAAUGCUGCUUUUCUUUA